AUGCAUAUCCACUUGGCUCUCGUGUCUCUCUGCCUUUUUGGCCUAAGCUCCGCUCAACAGAGCAGCGUAACAAAACUGAACCUUCCUCGGUCAAUAGUUGACUCUCAAAAAAUCGAGGCGUCGGUGGUUAAAGCGGAUUCUUCUUCCACGGUAUAUUGGCUCAAUUGCCCCAAAAGGGCCGAUUCCUCUGAAUGCUUUUUGCCAGGCGUAAACCUCAAGCAAGCACGAAACGAAAUUGGACUGGACUAUUCAGCGCCAGGUUACGAAGGAGGCAUGAUGAGCUUCCGCUUGGAGUGUCAACUCCAAACCGCCUUCAUCGACUGCGCGCGUCUCCAGUUGACUUCCAGUGACGGGAAAGAUUGGGCCACCGUGGUAUCAACCGAUAUCGUAUUCCCCGCCACCUUAUUCGCUUCCAUAGAUGUCACGAUUACGGCUGGUUUGGAGAAGUUGAAGGGUGCGGCGACAGCAACCCCAGUGCCCACUACCAGCGCGGAGAGCUCGACAGGAACUGGAGCUGGAGCUGGUGGAGCUGGUAGAGCUGCUCCGACUGGAACUAGUGCGGCCGCAACCGCGGGCGAGAGCGGUGGUAAGGCUGCGCCGAGCAGCAGUCAGGGACAUGCUGCUAUGCCUCUAGCCACGGCUGCGGCUAGCUGGGGGGUUAUCGGUGGUGCUGCUAUGGCUGUUGCUGCGCUUGCCAUGUGA